AUGAGCCAGGCAUUCCGGGGUGGCAGGCCAACUCGGGAGAUAAUCGGUACUGCUCAGGAGCCCCUGUACAGCAUGAACCCUCCCUCGGACGAGUACGUCAAGGGUGGGGCAACCAGAUCGAGCUUGUUAAGUCCCAUCUUCAUCUGCUACGUCUCCCUGGUUUCCUAUUCGGGACAUGAAGCCGUGAAGUACCACGAGUACACCUUCCAAAAUAGAAGCAUCGUGGCUGCUGCAGAGUGCGCGUUUGUUUGCUGA